AUGUCCCAUUCCAAGCUCCUCGACCUCAAGUACCAGAUGCUGCAAUACGCAUCCCACCACGACCACCCCGUAAACGUCGGCAUCCACUUAACCUGCAUCCCUCUCAUCGUAUGGUCCGCUCUCGUCUGGGGCGCCAACACCGGUCCUCUUAUUGCCUCCCCCUCCGCAGCAGCAGUCGCCUCGGGUGCCACUAUCCCCGUGGCUCUCUCAAAGCUGUUCAAGUUUGCGGUCCCCAACCUCUCCAUGAUCAUGAUGACUGGAUACGUUACCUACUUCACAGCCCUCGACCGACCAACAGGAUUACUGAGUGUCCCUAUCUUCCUGGGCGCGGCCAAGCAUGCGACCCAUUUCCUUGCUACCAACCCCAAGGCCAACAAAAUCGCGGCCUAUGUCCACAUCUUGUCCUGGCUUGCCCAGUUCGUCGGUCACGGAGUCUUUGAGAAGCGCGCACCCAAGUUGACUGAGAGCGUCGUCCAGGCUGCUGUCCUUGGACCUUAUUUUGUUCUAUGGGAGCUCCUUUUCUUCCUCGGUUACCGUCCUCAGUUGAAGAAGGAGCUCGAUGUCCUUGUCAAGGCGGACAUUGCUGCUUUCCGUGCCAGGAAAGCCCUCGAAAACAAGAUGAAGCAUCAGUAA